UUGAAACAGUUUUGUAUUUUUUUGAGCUGAGUUUGAAAAUACACCAUCUUGAUUUUCAGAAUGCACAGCAUUCACUGAGUUGGGAUUGCAAAACUGGACUGAUACAGUCACUCGCCUUGUGCUGACAGCGGAGCCACAUCCAAGGGAUCCCGUCAAAGAGCUUGGGGAAUGGUAGACCGCAUGAUGGCAAUGAACCAUGGACGAUUCCCUGAAGCUGUGAAUGGUCUCCACCAUCACCACCCAGCGCGCAGAAUGGGCAUGGGGCAGUUUUCGAACCCACUACACCAUCAGCAACAACAGCAGCAGCAUGGCUACACUACUGGUAUAAUGGGAGAUCAUUUGCACUACGGAGGGGGCAAUGUAACAGCUAACCACGGAAUUCGGCAUUCGGUGGGGAAUGUAAACGCUGGACACCCAAACGGCAAUAUGCCUCCCGGAGCGCGCUACAGCUCUCAAUUUGUGGCACCCGCCGCCGCCGUCCCCACUCAAGGACAGCUCGCGGCAAGUAUGCAGUUGCAAAAGCUCAACACGCAGUACUACAGCCACCAUACUCACCCCUCUCACCAUCAUUAUAUGCAUGAUUUGCAUCCAGCGAAUCAUCAAGUUAACGGGACAGGACAACAGUUCAGAGACGGCAACGCGAAACACAGCACGUCCAGUUUGCCUCCACAAGCGCAUCAUGUGCCUGCAGCAAUACUGCCCCCCAACGUCAUUGACACGGAUUUUAUUGAUGAGGAGGUCUUGAUGUCUCUGGUCAUUGAGAUGGGGCUGGACCGAAUAAAGGAACUACCUGAGCUGUGGUUAGGACAGAACGAGUUUGAUUUCAUGACAGACUUUGUAUGUAAGCAACAGCCAAGCCGAGUGAGUUGUUAAAUCUCACUAAGUGGACUUAUACAGUCAUCUACUCAAACAGACUUCUAAAGCAUUCCUUGUUGUCCCCUAAACUCGAACAUUGAGAGAGAAGAUCUGCAAUACACCAAUGGAGAACCAUUGAAACAUGUACUAUACCAGAUUAUAUAUUCCUCAAAUAUUUUGGGGUAAUAGACAUAUACUGCAGACAUAAUGGAAAUGAGUUUGUUUGAUGUAGGAAUGCACUACAAUCUCAAUUGAAUCUUUGCCAGAAAGACACAUUUUUACAUCCAUGCUAUGCAUCGUUACUUCAAGCUAGAAUCCUUAGUUGCUACAUCCAUUUUUGGACUUAGAAAUUAAUUAUAUAUAUAUAUACCCAUUGAUUCUUGAAGAAUAUAACUUAUAAAUGCCUCAUGAGCUUAGUUCAACUGUGAUACCCCAUCACCCAAAGGAAAAAUAUGAGCCCCUUUUUUGUAAACAAUGUUAAUAUAAACAAACACUGUAUAGCCUCAACAUGAUUAACUAUAAUUUUGAUAUAAUGGGUGGUCAGUCCUUGCACCAAU